AUGGCAGCGGCCAGGCGAGGACGCCCAGGGAUCCCGGUGCAGCGCCGGAACCCGCCGGGGCGGCCGCCGCAAGACGGUUACGGCGUCUACGUGUACCCGAAUUCUUUCUUUCGAUACGAAGGGGAGUGGAAAGGAGGGAAGACCCACGGCAGAGGGAAGCUGCUGUUUAAGGAUGGAAGUUACUACGAAGGCGAGUUUGUGGACGGCGAGAUCGUGGGCAAAGGCUGCCGGCACUGGGCCGCCACAGGGAACACCUACUGUGGCCAGUUUGUGUUGGGAGAGCCGCAAGGGCAGGGCGUCAUGACGUACAGAGCCGGCGGGCGUUACGAAGGGGAGCUGUCCCACGGAGUGAGGGAAGGACACGGGUGUCUGGUGGACCAGGACGGGCACCUGUACCGGGGCUCAUUCCACAACAACAGGCGGCACGGCCACGGGCACAUGGCCUUCCCGAACGGUGACAACUAUGAUGGCGACUGGGUCCGGGACCAGCGUCAGGGCCACGGGAAGCUGCGCUGCGCCGACGGCUCCACCUACGAGGGACAGUGGCACAGCGGCGUCUUCAGCGGCCUGGGCAGCAUGGCCCACUGCUCCGGGCUCGUCUACAGGGGCAUGUGGGUCAACGGCCACCCGGUGGCACAAGCCACGAGAAUCGUGAUUUUGGGCCCAGAGGUGAUGGACGUGGCGCAGGGAUCCCCCUUCUCGGUGAGCGUGGAGCUGCAGCAGGACGGCGGGGGCGUGGCCGAGAGCGAGGACGGCCGGCUUCUGAGGGUCUCGGCGGGCGUCAGGUACGUGCAGCUCCCGGCCUACUCGGAGGUCUGCUUCUUCACAGUCGACAAGGACAGACGGGAGGCACCCAUCCUGACCCCGUUUGGGUUCGAGUGCAUCGUCUACCCAUUGUCCUGCCCCACAUCGGGGGGCCUGGAGGCCAGAGCUGCCCUGGAAAGUGCUGGAGCCGACUCGCCGCUGCCCAGAGACCUGGAGGCGGCGCCGACACCGGACGCCUGGCGUGACCAGGGGGACACCCACGGCAGCCUGCCCGUGGGGCGACGCUGCGGGUCCUAUUGUCCUGAGGACUGUCAGCGAGCGGAGGGAGGCCGCGCCCAGUUCUCGGACGUCUGCCUCGGGCCCCCUCCGCCCGGGUACCACCCCGUCCCGUUCCUGGACAGCCUGCAUGAGAAGGCAAGUAGCGGGCCCAGAGGCGGCCUCGGCCCCGGGGCAGAGACGCCCACCUCUCAGGACCCACCGGGAGGCAGCAGGCCUGACGGGGCGGCGGAGGCAGAGCCAGAGGCAGGGCCCUUCCCAGGGGAAUAUGUCAUCAUGAUCCAAGACGUGACCACUCCUCCGUUUCUGGGCCGCACGCUCCCCACCGCCUUCAAGCACCUUCGGGUCUCUGCGAGGGGGGCCGGCCAGCAGCCCCAUGUCCCUGGAGAAGGCCCCAAAGCCGGGAACUAGGAGGGCCGCCUGCCUCCGGCCCCUGGGAACGGGCGUCCCCUCAGGAGACCACCUUACUUUAAAAGGACAGAAGC